AUGGCAGAUGAUAUCAGGUCGACGCAAAGAGCUCCCAAGUCAUGCACCGCUUGUUAUGCAAGAAAGAUCAAAUGCAGCAAAGAAUUACCAUGUCGACAAUGCGUGCGCCGUGGGGUUCCCACCGAAUGCAGGCGAGAAGUUGUUCGAGUAAAGGGUCGCAUACACACCGUGGAUGCCUCUCAGUCCAGCCCAUCUUAUGCUGAUCUUCUGCAAGAGAACCUGCGUCUUGGAGCGCUCUUGGCGGGCCAUAAUUCGGCGCCAGUAACAGAAUCAACUUCGAGGUUGCCAGCGCUGGCCGACAAGACAGAGUGGUACGAGAAUCGAUUAUUCGACAUGAUGGAACAUUGUCCCGGGCUCCGGUCUGUCUGGGGCAAAGAAGACAUUCUCUUGCCGUCAAAGAGCUGCAGUGAUGCGAUCCUCGCAUUCGCACCACAGUGGACUUUUUGGAUUCAUUUUGCCGUCUCUACACCGCAGUUUCUUCAAGAGCAUGAGGAUUUCUGGUGCCUGCAGUCCGCUGCAGAGUCAUUGGACCAUGCAGAGCCUCUAUGGCUGGCAGUAUACUUCAGCAUACUGGCAUCGACCUUGCUCUUCAUGUCUGAUGAAGUGAUUGAUACGAUUCCCGCUCCGCCUGGCAAACCCGAUGAUCUUCUUCGCAACUGGUACACCAUUGUCGUUCUAGGCAUGCUGUUCACAAAUAUGGGCGAUAUCAGCCGCCAAAAGAUUAUGUGGUCGGUGGCAAUCAGAGUUGCGCAGCAGCUAAAGUUGGGCAACGACUCGGCCCAUGAAGACGAAUCCUUCUCUGACCAACAAGUACGCCGGCGCCUUUGGUGGACGAUUAUCAUUUGCGAGUGGCUGCCCAUACCUUUUCACACACCCUUUGUCAAUGACGUUGACUUUGAUUGUCAGCUGCCGGAAGACGUGGACGACGAGGAGCUCUCUUUGCCAUCAAGCCACAGGCUGUCACGCUCGAAACCACGACCAGUACAGUACCACAUCAUCAUGGCCAGGCUAGCCAGAAUCUAUUAUAGUUUCAGGUACAAGCUGCGAAUUAGGGCCUGGUCUGCUGAAGAAAUCACAAGCAUUGUAUUGGCUGCAGAUGAUGAAUUGGCAAACCUGGUUGGAGAGCUUCCAUUGUUCCUACAGUCUGACCAGCAAUUUGCGAAUACGAUUGACGACGGCGACUCACGGCAACCCUGGAUGCUAUGGCAAAGCCAAAGUCUGGCCAUGGCAUUUCUGUACUAUCGCAUCGCCAUAAACCGUGUUCUCCAGCAGUACUGGCUCAAGGGUUCACCAAAUCAAGCCAGGGUUCGUGCAAUUUGUCUGUCAUCCGCGCAAGCAAUUGUUCGCGCCAUUGUAACCGGAAAGCUUGACACUUCCAAAUUCCGAUCAUGGGCAAUCGCCACGAACGUCUUCUCAGCUUGCGUAACGCUUCUUUUGGAUAAUACGUCAAGGGAGUCAUCCUACUCCAACUGCAGAACCGAGAUUGACCUUGGCAUUGCUUUUCUCCAGCGCAUUUCACACAGCCCGCUUGCCAAUCAUGGCGGGAGGAUUUUGGAAGAGAUCCAAAAGAACCAAAUAUGA